CGGAGGUGUUUCAGUAGAGAUUCAGAAACGAAGCCGAACAGAGCUUCUUCACACAUAAGAAUAAAGUUCUUUUAACGCCAAGAAAUCCAUUAAACUCCGGAGCAAUGAAAAUUUUGCCACAAAUUCUCCUGCUGGUCUCAGUAUUCUUACUGCCUCUAAUAUUGGCAUCACCUUUACCGGAGGAGCAAAAACAUUCUCGUCACUUUGAUUUUGAGAUGGAUAAUGGUUAUAAGAGAUCAGAAGAUGUCAGCUACAAUGUCACAGUGACAACUGAUGGAAAUACGACCGAGGAGCCACAAACAACGAAGCCAAUUGAGAUUCGAGGUGGUUACAGUUAUAUAUCCGAUGAUGGCUAUGAAUAUCAGGUCUUUUAUAAGGCGAAUAAAAAAGGUUUCCAGCCUUAUGUGACAGCGCAUAAGGUGCAUUCAACCAAGGAUUAACUUAAAAUCAUUGUGAUUAAAAAAAAUCAAAGUAAUUUAAACAUAAAUGAAAAUCAACGAGAUU